ACACCCUUCCGGUUUCGUCACCUCAGAGAUGGCGUUCGAGUCCCUCGUCUUCAUGAGCCUUUUGGCCUUUGCUAUCUCGUGUAAUGCUGCUACGACUGCUUCCCCCUCCGCGAUUGCAUCCAGUUACUCGCUAACGACCAGUACCUCUCUGCCGUUCCCGACUGCUACGCUAUCCUCUUCCUCUGCCGAGUCGUACAUGAAGUCCUCGUGGCCUCUCAAUGACGACAAGAUAGAUUUCGGUGCUGACGACCUCUCCUUUGUGUCCGAUCCUUUCCCGGACAGCUCCUCGGACUCGAAUUCGCCUGUCCUGCAAGUCACCUACCCUGCAGGCAGCUACUCUCAUGGCACAGGUGGUGCCCAGUUUACGGCACUUUGGAAUCCUUCAAGUGGCGACAAGUUCAAAUCGAUGCUCCUGACCUACGAGCUCGCGUUUGACACCGACUUCGACUUCGUCAAGGGCGGCAAGCUGCCCGGCAUCAGAGGUGGCCCGGAAGAGAAUUGGUGUUCCGGUGGUAAUGUCGCGAAUGGUUCUAACUGCUUUAGCAGUAGGGUGAUGUGGAGAACGGACGGAGAGGGCGAAGUGUACUCAUACUUCCUGCUGCCCGACGGCUUGUGUGACAACAGUAACUACAUCUGUAACCAGGACAAUUACGGCACAAGCAUUGACCGUGGUUCCUUCAGCUUUGUGACUGGACAGUGGAACCGCGUCACAAUGCUUGUUCGCUUGAACGAUCCUGUUGACACUGCCAAUGGUCAAGUGCAACUUUACUACAAUAACGUGGAGGCCAUCGACCAGAGUAUUCUGCAGUAUCGCAAUAGCUCCAAAGUCUACAUCAGCGGCUUCUACUUCUCGACGUUCUUCGGAGGGAGCGACUCGUCUUGGGCGACGCCUAAUGAAGUACACACGUAUUUCCGCAACGUCCAGAUGUGGGCUAGCACAGAGGCCGCCUAAGCUGGCACUAACAGACUGCAAUGCGCUGUGUCCGCUUCCUGGUAUUCUGGUCACCUCGCCGUAUUAGGCACGAGGGGAAGUGCAAGGAACAGCCUUUAGGGUGCUGUUUUUUUUCUUUGCUAUAACUUAUGUGGUAUAUGGUAUGCACCUAUACUCUGCUAUCCAUCACUAGUAUGUUGUCUAUUCGAUCUGAUCCGAGUUUGCUUCGUGACCGUGAUGCCAUGUACUGUACAUCGAAUAGUAACGUCAUUCGUUCUCAUUC